AGAUACAAAACGACCAAUAAUCUCUUCCUUGUUAGCGAAAACUAUAAAUUGUAACGAACUUCUUCUUCUUCUUCCCUCUUAAGUGAAAAACCAAAAUCGCAAAAGAAGCAAGAAAACAAAAAAAUGGCGAAUCUCGACUUCAAGACUUUGGAGUUCCUCACUUCCCUCACCUUCAACUUCAAGACUCUCUCCGAUACCAUCACUUCCUCGUCGUACUCUGUCUCAUCUCCGGUUGCUUCUGGUGUUCGCGUCGCGGCGGAUCUUGAUCUCAUCGACGGAGGUUGUUUUCGCUGGAGGAUGGUGUCUCAUCGUGAAGGUUCACGUUAUUCUGUUAAAGACGGUGUCAAUCGCGAUGGUUAUGAUACUGAUGAAGAUGACUUUGACUACUAUGAUGAUCUCGAUGAUGAUUAUGAGCUGGUUAAGGUUCAGAGAAUUAGGAAAUCGGGGAAGAGAACAUUCGCGAAGUCGAAGGAGAAGUCUUCGUAUUCACAGUUGAAAUCUGGGUGUGUUCAUGGCAAACAUGGACUCGGUAUCAGUUUCAGGUGCUGAUUUGACUCAAAGAUCGUUCAAAGAAAAAAAAAACUUGUUCUUGGCUCAUUUCAGAUUUGCGUUACUUUGGAUAGUUUCUGUGUUGAAAUUUGGAUUUCUUUUGAGGAUUUGAUUGUACAUGAUUUUAGUUGUUCUUGGAUUGUUUAGUUUCUGGAAUCUUUUGUAAAUCGAUCUUUAGGUGUUAUGAUAUUGGGGAAAUCUUUAGAGAUGAAUCAAUGAAGAAGAGUUGGUUAGCUUUUGAUA